GAAAGAGCUGAUGUCACAAGUGGUUUGAGCAGAGAGCUUAUAAACUGUGACAGCCUGACAAACCACCAGACUGCUCAACAGACAGACGAGGACGAAACGUUACACUCAGAAGUCAUCAGCAUCAGAAACACCAUGUAUCACCUGAGAGUGCCUGUGUUUCUCYUGGYGGYGUUUGUGUUGCUCCACUGCAUCGCAGCCGCUCCAAGCCACAGGUACUUCAGUCCCGGCUCCUCCUCCGACGACGAGCAAGAAAAUGCUCUUCCAGCCAAGGAAGGUCUCACGGGCUCACGGCUGCAGAGGGGGCUCACAGCAACGAACAGUCAUCACUUACAGAAGAGAAAGUGCAACACAGCUACUUGUGUGACCCAGAGGUUAGCAGACUUCCUGGUCCGUUCCAGUAACACCAUCGGAACGGUCUACGUCCCGACAAACGUGGGCUCGAGCACCUACGGCAAGAGGGACCUACAUCAGCCUCCCGACUACCUGCCUUUCUAGUACAAAACUGGGAGAAUACCCCAGUGACAUAAGGAUCAUGUGUUACAAUGAAUGUGAGAAUGACGACUCCAUAAGAUGACUUUUUUAAAAUAUAUUAUUUGAUAAGCAUCAAGACUACAGUGCCUUUGAUUUAAGCCAUCUGAAUCCAUGUAUGUUUUCUUCCAGCUUUGUGAACGUCGUAAAUCACAGCACUAAUGAAAUGGAAAAAAAAAUUCAACAAAAAAAUAAAAUAAUUAUAAAAUAUUCUGUCACACAGAAGAAAUAUAAAGCCCUUUAAUAUGAAUCAUCUGAGAUGUUUUGAUAAUAAAAAUGUUGAAAUUUGUGUCUGAUUCUUGCAGGACAUUUCUGUUUGAGCGCAAGAUGCCAACUGAACCAAUAAAAGUAUUUCUUCCUCAACAGGUUGGGAGGAAAAACA